GCCCGGCGUCUUGCUGGGCGCUGAGCCGCGAUGAGCACGGCGCUGGGGCUCCGCGAGGCUCACCCUACAGGUGGAAAACAAAACAUGACAGAAACAGAUGCCUUCUAUAAAAGUGAAAUGUUUGAUCCGGCAGAAGCGUACAAAAUGGACCGCAAGAGGAGAGGAAUUGCUUUAAUCUUCAAUCAUGAGAGAUUCUUCUGGCAGUUAAAACUGCUAGAAAGGCGGGGCACCAACACAGACAGAGAUAAUCUUAUACGCAGGUUUUCAGAUCUAGGAUUUGAAGUGAAAUGCUUUAACAAUCUUAAAGCAGAAGAAUUACAGCAUGAAAUUCAGGAGGUGUCAACCUCUAGCCACAUGGAUGCCGAUUGCUUUGUAUGUGUCUUCCUGAGCCAUGGCGAAGGCAAUCAUGUUUAUGCAUAUGAUGCCAAAAUUGAAAUUCAGAAAUUAACUGACUUGUUCAAAGGAGACAAGUGUCAGAGCCUGGUUGGAAAACCCAAGAUAUUUAUCAUUCAGGCGUGUCGGGGAGACAAGCACGAUGUGCCAGUCAUUCCUUUUGACGCAGUGGAUCAUCGGACAGAAAAGGUGGAGGACACCAACAUAACCGAGGUGGAUGCAGCCUCAGUGUACACACUGCCUGCUGGAGCAGAUUUCCUCAUGUGUUACUCUGUUGCAGAAGGAUAUUAUUCUCACCGGGAAACUCUGAAUGGCUCAUGGUACAUUCAAGAUUUGUGUGAGAUGCUGAGAAGAUACGGCUCCUCCUUAGAGUUCACAGAACUCCUUACGCUGGUGAAUAGGAAAGUUUCUCAGCGCCGAGUGAAUGAUUGCAAAGACCCAAAUGCAAUUGGAAAGAAGCAGGUUCCCUGCUUUGCCUCAAUGCUAACUAAAAAGUUGUAUUUCUUUCCAAAAUCUAAAUAGGAGCUAUUUAGUCUUAUGACCUGUAUUCAAAAUGUGUUUCCUUUUUUAAAUAAAUAAGAAUCACUAGGUUGAAGCAUAUGGUAUAGCAAUUUAAAAUGUUUUAAGGUUUAAUGUCCAGCAGAGAACUGCCUUUUUUUUUAAAUAGUUCAUGUUGGACAUGGUGAAAAUGUUUGAUAUGUAGAAAUGAAAUCCUCAGGGAAUUACCAUAAAGAAAAAAUCUACAAGUGCUUGGAAUAUUUGACUUUCAUUAGUAAACUGCAAGGUUAUCCAAAA